CGCCACUGCCCCUCCAAAUCUCUUCCCGUGGCCUCCUCGUCUCUGUUGAUCCGGGGCUGGAGGGGCGUUGGUGCCCACCUCCACGCACGGGACGACACACACGCACACACACACUGUGACUCCUCAACAGCUUGAAGUGGGGGGGGUAAGGAAGCGGCACACACAGCAAGUCAGUGCCUUGGGGGUGAGAAGCCGCGCGUGGGUUGAAGAGGACGGAGAAAACUCGCAAAAACAAAAGGAGUUUAGGGAGGGAGGCCUUCAAUUAUUGAGCGAACCCAUUCCGAGCAACGCAACGUAACGUCAUAACAGUCGGCGUACAUUAACGCAACCACACAACAACAACAACCACACACACACACGAGCGCGAGUAUAUCACGUUUUAAAGCCAAAAUAUAAAUAUUUGUAGUCAUCAAUUUGGGUGCAAAAUGCCGGAGAAGAGGCAAUUCGAGAGGUUGCCGACGGACGUGGUGCCCAAGAACUACGAGCUCGUGCUCAAGCCCGACCUGGCCGAGUUCACGUUCGAAGGCAAGGAGGCGAUCGAUGUCGAGGUGAAGCAGUCGACUGGACAGAUUGUAAUGAACUGUGCUGAUAUUGACAUUAUCAGUGCAAGCUUCUGCCAUCAAGGUGGAAAAGAAAUCAACGCGUCUGGGUUUAACUACGAGAAUCAAGAUGAGCGAGUGACUUUGUCCUUUCCCUCUGCCCUGGAGCCAGGACCCGGGAAGCUGAAGCUGGAGUUUGUUGGGGAGUUGAACGACAAACUCAGAGGCUUUUACCGGAGCAAAUAUGUGGCCCGCUCAGGAGAAAUACGCUUUGCUGCCGUCACCCAGUUUGAGCCAACGGAUGCACGGAGAGCAUUUCCCUGCUGGGAUGAGCCAGCCAUCAAGGCGACCUUUGACCUGUCCCUCAUCGUGCCCCGUGACCGCGUAGCAUUGUCCAAUAUGCAAGAGAUCAAGCGCGUGCCUCAAGAUGAUGAGCAGGGCAGCUCCGGCGAGGGCCUGGUGCGUGUGACGUUUGCCCGCUCGCCCAUUAUGUCCACCUACCUGGUGGCAUUCGUGGUGGGCGAGUUUGACUUUGUCGAGGCGCAGUCGUCCGAUGGGGUGCUGGUGCGCGUCUACGCGCCCCUGGGCAAGGCCGAGCACGGCCGCUUCGCGCUGCAGGUUGCCACCAAGACACUACCUUUCUACAAGGACUACUUCGAUGUUCCCUACCCACUUCCCAAGAUUGACUUGAUUGCAGUGGCAGACUUUGCAACAGGUGCCAUGGAAAACUGGGGACUGGUCACCUAUAGGGAGCUGGCGCUGCUCGUUGAUCCAAAGAACUCAUCAGCCGAGGCCAAGCAGAAGGUGGCCCUCGUUGUGGGGCACGAGCUGGCCCACCAGUGGUUUGGAAACCUCGUGACGAUGGAAUGGUGGACGCACCUGUGGCUGAAUGAGGGCUUUGCCUCCUGGAUCGAAUACCUGUGUGUGGACCACUGCUUUCCCGAGUUUGACAUCUGGACACAGUUUGUUUCCACGGACUACGCUCCCGCCCUAGAGCUGGAUGCCCUUGACAACAGCCACCCCAUCGAGGUACCCGUUGGUCACCCAUCGGAGGUGGAUGAAAUUUUUGAUACCAUCUCCUACAGCAAGGGCGCGUCAGUCAUCCGCAUGCUCCACAACUACAUUGGGGAUGAGGACUUCCGAAAAGGAAUGCAUCUGUACCUGACAAAGUUUCAGUACAAAAAUGCAGCCACGCAGGACCUGUGGGACUGCCUGGAGGAGGCGAGCGGCAAGCCUGUGAGCGCCGUGAUGUGCACCUGGACCACCCAGAUGGGCUUCCCCGUGUUGCACGUGACAGCCGAGCAGCAAGGCAACGACAGGAUUUUGAAAAUUUCACAGAAGAAGUUUUGCGCCGGAGGUGUCUUUUCUGGUGAGAUAUGCCCGCAAUGGAUGGUGCCAAUCAGCGUCUCGACAAGCGAGGAUCCCAAUGCCAUUCACACCACAGUUUUGUUGGACAAGCCUGAGAUGACCGUCACCAUCAAAAACAUCGAUCCAAAGCACUGGAUCAAGCUUAAUCCGGGCACGGUGGGGUUCUGCCGCGUCAGCUACACCAGCGACAUGCUCUAUAGUCUGAUCCCAGCCAUCAGAGACCUCUCUCUUCCAGCACGCGACCGCAUGGACCUUCAGAAUGACCUCAUGGCUCUGGCUCGCGCAGGCGUUGUGAGUGCAGUGGAGGUUCUCAAAGUCCUGGAGGCCUUCAAGAAUGAGACCAACUACACGGUGUGGCUGGACCUGUCCGGCAACCUCUCAUCCAUUGCCGUUCUUCUCAUCAACACCGAUUUCUACUCCAACUUCCAAGACUAUGUCAUUGACCUGUUCGCACCCAUCGGGGCACGGCUCGGCUGGGAUCCCAAGCCUGGCGAAGGACACUUGGAUGCCCUGCUCCGCAGCAUUGCUUUGGGGCGCCUGGGCCGGGCAGGCCACCCUCCGACACUGGAGGAGGCUCGCCGGCGCUUCCAUGAGCACACAGAGGGCAAGAAGGUCCUUCACCCUGAUCUGCGCCAAAUGGUUUACGUCACGGUGUUGAAGCACGGCGACGCGGCAGUGCUGGACACAUUGCUGAAGAUGCACAAGCACACAGAUCAGCUGGAGGAGAGGGUGAGGAUUGAACGGAUUGUUGGUGCCUCCCCCACUGCUGAGUUGCUCCAAAAGGUCCUCAAUUUCUCCAUUUCGGAUGAAGUACGCUCGCAGGACACGGUGUUUGUGAUUGGGGGCGUGGCAGGCAGCAGCAAGCUGGGCAUGAGCAUGGCCUGGCGCUUUGUUCAGGAGAAGUGGGCCGAGUUAAGCAGCCGCUAUCAGGGCGGCUUCCUGCUGCCUCGACUCAUCAAGAUGACCACCGACAACUUUGCAAGUGAAAAGAAGGCCAACCAAGUCAAGGAGUUUUUUGAAAAAAACCCAACCCCAUCGGCCGAGCGCACGGUCCAGCAGUCGUGCGAAAACAUCCUCCUUAAUGCGGCGUGGCUUAACCGUGACGGGGAAGCCCUGCGAGCAUAUCUGCAGGGUCGCAAAUGUGCACACCUACCACCACCGCCACAACCCCCGUCGCAACCCAGCCACCCCCUUGCCUCGCCACCUGCCACCCCCACCUCUCCCAUCGCCCCCACAUCCCCAACUAAGAAGAAAUAGUGCACACGUACACAUUCCCCGGCCAACGCUGUAGCACUACUGCAUAAGGUUUUCGCGGUCGUGCUGUGUCGCUCACCGAUGUGUUUUUGGGUUUUUAUCUGUGUGUUGUUUGGCAUGGAAAUAUGUGGUGCAACCCAUUAUGUCGAACAACAGGCGCGGUGCACACUAAAACACGUCCGAGAGCUACACAGAAGUUCUGGCCACGUACCCUAAAGUUCCUAUGGUAUUUGCCUUGAUUGUCUCAGUCUUUUGUAAAUGUUUUUUUUUUCUCCCCAUUUUCACUGCAGUCAAUUGAAUUGUUAAAAAUUCAAGUUAAUUUCCUGGUUCACCCACCUUGCUUGUCCAUGCUAGGAAUUGCAGAUUGAACAGGUCUGGCGUUAACAAUUUACUCGGUGAACGACGUGUAUUUCCAACUCCCUGGGGACUAAGGUAUAGGCAGAUAUGGGAACAUAUGGAAAAUUAGUUGUGCCGUACACAAACAGGUUACUGGAUAAACAUGAAGUGCAAACUGCUGUAAAACAAAAUGAAAAUGCUUGACUACUUCUUUAGAAGUAAGCGAAUGUAUGUGAGAAUGAGAACAUUACUGAGUGUGAAACUCAGAAUUUGGAACAUCUAUGGAAAAAAAUACAAUUACACCACGCGCAAAUGGUAUCACUGGGUGUGGGGAGUUCAUUGGGAAAAGUGGAAUGCGUGACGGUGGGAUAUGCAACGUACUUGCUGUGUACACUUUAAAUCUCCUUUUGGUGCAGCUUUAAAACUAUGGUGGUCUGUGCUUGCAGCUGGGCAAGUGAACCUGGAUAUUAUUUUGAAUACUGGAAAUGGCAUGCAGCAAAGGUCACCUUACCUUUUUUUGUCGAUUCACAAAUUUAAACACCUAUCUUUUGGCCAGUGCCAUCUCUCCUGCAACUGAAUAGCCAUAUUUGCGUAUAUACGCUGUAUAUAAUUAUACAUAUACAGAGUAAUU